AGGAAUGAAGAUUCUAAGUCAAUAGCUGAACAGAAGAACGUUGCUCAGAAGUUUUACAGAUGUGCUGUGUUGACUGCUGUACUACUAACUCUGCUGCUGUUUCUGGUUUUGUGUCAAUUGUUUAUUACACCUAUUUUAAGUCCUUCAUCAAGAACAGCAAUUUUACCACUCACAAUGAAUCUUUGUGGUGAUGCUUGCACAUUUGUACUCGUAGAAAGUAUCCCUGAGGGGAUGCUUUAUGAAGAUAACUCAUCUGUUAGUCCCUCCAUCUAUCAGGCUUGGAUGAAAAUGAUUGGUGAAGCUAACAGUAGUGUGGAUAUUGCUUCUUUUCACUGGACCUUAAAAAAUGAGGAUACCAAUACAAGUGACCCAUCAGCCUUGCCGAGUGAAAAUAUAUUGCAAGAAUUACUGAAGUUGCCUGGUAAAGAUGUUAACGUUCGAGUUGCUGUUAAUAAUCCAUCUCCACAAUCAAUAGAAGAUAUUCAGGAGCUUGAAAACCAUGGGGUGCUUGUCCAAAAAAUUGAUUUGAUGAAGCUAACCACUGGGGUCUUACAUACAAAGUUCUGGAUUGUAGAUAAGAAGGACAUCUAUAUUGGCAGUGCUAACAUAGACUGGAGAUCUCUAACACAGGUAAAAGAGCUGGGUGCUGUUAUCUACAACUGCAACUGUUUGGCUCAAGACCGAAUCUUUGAAGCUUUUUGGUUCCUCGGACUUCCUAAUGCAUCCAUUCCUUCUCCAUGGCCUCCAGAGUUUUCAACCUCUUACAACAAGGACACACCACUUAAAAUAGAGCUAAAUGAGACCUUUACUUAUGUCUACAUUUCAAGUGUCCCUUCAUCUCUGUGUGGAGAAGGCAGAACAGAGGAUCUGGAAUCCAUCCUUAGCAUCAUUGAUGACGCCCAAAGCUUUGUUAAUGUAGCUGUUAUGAACUACAGUCCAACUAUAGAAUACUCAGACCCAAAAAGAUUUUGGCCUGAGAUUGAUGAUCAUUUAUGGAAAGCAACAUAUGAACGUAAUGUGAAGGUUCAUCUUCUGAUCAGUUGCUAGAAACACUCCCAGAGAUCCAUGUUUCCUUUCCUCAAAUCCUUGGAUUCUGUCUGGGACCGUAAGAGCCAUCUUGACACUGAAGUAAAGAUUUUUGUAGUUCCUGAAACAGAAAAACAAUCAGAGAUUCCCUAUGCAAGAGAUAAUCACAACAAGUAUAUGGUCACUGAUAAGGUAGCUUAUAUUGGAACAUCUAACUGGUCGGGAGACUAUUUCCUUCACAAUGCAGGAUCUGCCAUCAUAGUAAAUCAGACUGCAUCUAAAACAGCUGAAGUCACAGUGCAGCAGCAGCAUCAAGCUGUCUUUGAGCGGGACUGGAACUCUAACUACAGCAUUAGAAUAUAUGAUAUGCACUACAUUAGGAAAGUCUGUCACUAUGCCUGA